GAAGUGCUUGUGCGCGGUGGUCCCUGCGGUUGGCUGGUGUCUUCCCUGCCGGGCCAUUGUUCCCGGCGCGCUUCUUCCAGCACCGGGGCGGGAGCCCCCUACAUCCUCGCAUUUUCCAGUGAUUUUUACUGCUUAAGAGGGAACUACCAAAGGUGUUUCCAAAACAUAGCUCCAGCUAGAGGGUGCCUUUUAAGCUGUUCAAGGUCAAGAUGAAUACAGACUCCAAGGAGGUUUUAUCCCUGGAUGUUCAAGCUCCUGAUGUUUGGGAAGAACUGACAGUGAAAGCGGAGGUAGAAAGUCACCUCCAAAUGCAGGAAUCCAGGCUGAAACGCAGUAAUCCACUGGCAAGGGAGAUCUUCCGAAGGCACUUUCGACAGCUCUGCUACCAAGAGACCCCUGGACCAAGGGAGGCUCUCACCCGACUGCGGGAUCUUUGCUACCAGUGGUUGAGGCCGCAUGUGAGCACAAAGGAGCAGAUUCUGGACCUGCUGGUGCUGGAGCAGUUCCUGUCCAUCCUGCCCAAGGAGCUGCAGGGCUGGGUGCGGGAGCGCUGUCCAGAGAGUGCGGAAGAGGCAGUGAUUUUGCUGGAGGAUCUGGAGAGAGAGCUCGAUGAGCCGCAACACGAGAUGGUAGCUUACAGACACCAACAAGAAGUUCUCUCUAAAGGUACAGUGUCUCUAGGAGAGCAGAUGUCACUGGGCCUUCAGUCCCAGCCUAAGGAGCCCCAACUCACAUGUGACUUUGCUCAGGAGCCCCACCCUAUUGGAGAGACAGACACAUUUCUGUUUUGCAAACCUGUUGUCAUCUCCCAGCUAAAAGGAGGAGAAGAACCCUGGUCUCACCCCAAAGGAGUCCUAAGAGAUGGAGUUACCAAGACUGAGGACAGACAGUUGGUGCUAAGGAAAGACUGUCCUAAGAGAAUGGAACCACAUGGGAAAAUGUCUUACGGAGAGGCCUGGAUGAUAUCACAGCAGGAUCCCCGACACGGAGAAGUCAGUGAAUGCAAGGGUGGGGUAGAGAGGCACUCGGGAAACUCUUUAGGAGCCAGACCACACACAUGUGAGGAAUGUGGGAAGAGCUUUGCUCAGAGCUCAGGUCUCUUUCGACAUCAAAGAGUUCACACUGGAGAAAGACCCUAUGAAUGUAAUGAGUGUGGGAAAACCUUCAGUCGGAGUUCGGGUCUUUUUAAUCACCGAGGAAUCCACAAUAUUCAGAAACAGUACCACUGUAAUGAGUGUGGGAAGGCCUUCAGUCAGAGUGCUGGUCUCAUCCAGCAUCAGAGAAUCCACAAGGGAGAGAAGCCCUAUCAGUGCAGCCAGUGCAACAAGAGUUACGGUCGGCGUUCAUUUCUCAUCGAGCAUCAGAGGAGCCACACAGGGGAGCGACCUCACCAUUGCGACGAAUGUGGGAAAAGCUUUAAUCGCCACUGCAACCUCAUCCGCCAUCAGAAGAUCCACGUGGUGGCUGAGCUGAGUGAGGCCCAAGUGCUGCCCUGGUCCAGGAUGGCUAGGGAAUCGAAGGAAAGCGCAGCCUUGGACGCCCAGUCUGCAGAGGACCGGACCGGGAUCCUCCUGACGGUGAAGGUGGAGAAGGAGGAAGCCUCCGCUUUGGCUGCUGAGGCGGGCGCCCCAGGCAGCCCGGCUCCGGGCCGCGAGAACUCCCGCCAGCGCUUCCGAAGCUUCCGCUACCCGGAGGCUGAGGGGCCCCGCGAGGCGCUGAGCCGGCUCCGGGAGCUCUGCCGACUGUGGCUGCGGCCUGAGAUGCACAGCAAGGAGCAGAUCCUGGAGCUGCUGGUGCUGGAGCAGUUCCUGACCAUCCUGCCGGGGGACCUGCAGAGCUGGGUGCGGGAGCAGCAUCCGGAGAGCGGGGAGGAGGUGGUGGUACUCUUGGAGUAUCUGGAGAGGCAGUUGGAUAAGCCGAUGCCGCAGGUCCCAGGUGGUAACCAGGGGCAAGAACUGCUCUGUUGCAAGAUGGCACCAGCUCACAGGUCACGAAAUACCCAGUUCCAGCCAAUAAAGGCUCUGCUCAAGCAGGAAUCUCUGGGAUCCCAUUGUUUACCAGACAGAGUUCUCCAGGUUCCUAGGUUUGCCCCUGGAGGACGCUGCAGAGAAGACACAGUGGUAGCUGCCAGGCUUGCCCCAGAGUCCCAGGGGCUGUUGAAAAUGGAAGAUGUGGCCCUGACCCUCAGUCCUGGAUGGACACAGCUAGAUUCAUCUCAGGUGAACUUCUACAGGGAUGAAAGGCAGGAGAGCUGUGGCAGCCUAAUCUCCUUGGGUGGUGCAGUGCAGACGAAGAUCAGGGACCUGUCUCCAGAUGAGGACCAUCCAGCACAAGAGUCUGGGCAGAUACCAUGCCUCCUGGGUGAAGCCAUUGGGCAGAUUCCUGCACGUGCAGAAGCUGGUGAACAGGAGUGCAGGUUACAAAGAAAGCAGAAAAGUGCCACAGGCAAUAGGCGGCACUAUUGUCAUGAAUGUGGAAAGACUUUUGCUCAGAGUUCAGGCCUGACUAAGCACAGGAGAAUCCACACUGGGGAGAAACCCUAUGAAUGUGAGGACUGUGGCAAGACCUUUAUUGGAAGUUCUGCUCUGGUCAUUCAUCAGAGAGUCCACACUGGUGAGAAGCCAUAUGAGUGUGAAGAAUGUGGCAAGGUCUUCAGUCACAGUUCAAACCUUAUCAAACACCAGAGAACUCACACCGGGGAGAAGCCCUACGAGUGUGAUGACUGUGGGAAAACCUUUAGCCAGAGCUGCAGCCUCCUUGAACAUCACAAAAUCCACACUGGGGAGAAGCCAUACCAGUGCAACAUGUGCGGCAAAGCCUUUAGGCGGAAUUCACAUCUCCUGAGACAUCAGAGGAUCCACGGCGAUAAAAACGUUCAGAAUCCUGGCCACGGAGAGACCUGGGAGAGUCAGGGGAGGGUGAAAAGCCGGUGGGACAAUGUUGAGGCUCCUGUGUGUUAUAAAUGUAAUGAGUGUGAGAGAAGUUUCACUAGGAAUAGAAGCCUUAUUGAGCAUCAAAAAAUCCACACUGGUGAGAAACCCUAUCAGUGUGACACAUGUGGAAAAGGCUUCACCCGAACUUCAUACCUUGUUCAACAUCAGAGAAGCCAUGUUGGGAAAAAAAUUCUAUCUCCAUGACCCACGUCUUGUACGCCAGAGUUGGUGCUCAUUCCUUAUUGAACUGAAGCCACCCUGGAGCCCUUGCUGACUAGGAAGUUGUCAGCUGGGCUUUAUUUACCACCACACAUCAUCAGGUGUUUGUUAGAAAAUAUAGAGUCUGGCUAAGAUGAAUUAUCUUCUAUAUCCUGGAAGGUGAUUGGGAAAAGAAAAAAAAAAAAAAACUUGUUUGAUAAGAGGCUAUGGGAGAGUUGUCUUGAAGAGGUCGACCUGAAAUGGUUCUCACCUUUUAGACUUAAGCGGGCUUCCAGACUGGCUAAUUAAUCACCCUCAGCCAGCACUUUAUGAUGUCUCCUGGUGGAGGCUCUGAUUUGGGGGGCUGCUGCUCUGACUGUUCAUUUUGCCCAUAAUGAAUCCCUCACCAGUUGGUUGGAUCAAUGAUGUCUUAUACCCCCCAUUGUGCCUUGAAUACAGGUGCUAUAAACAUUUAUUAAAUAUACCAGCGAAACGACCUUCAUAGCUCUGAAAAUCUAAUGUUGUCUAGAUUUCUGAGGACUUUUCUAAGGCCAUUUGUGUUUGUCUAAUUUUCUGAGGUUCUAGAGUCUGGGCCAAUCUAGUAUAUUUACUGCCAAGUACAUAAGAUUGUCAGAGUUGGAAUGGAGGAAUCCUUAUUUCUUCAUCAGCAUAGUAGUUAUAGUAAAACUGCCUUAAACAGCUUCUUUAUUAUUGAGACAUCGUGAGACUGCUCUAUCCAUACAAUUCCAGUGUAUAGUCAACAUUAACUACAUUAGUUCGUAUUAAUAUUGCUACUCUUUAGGAGGAAACCUUUCACAUUCAGGUAAAUAAAAAUCAAUGUAUCAAGUCAGAUCAAAACCAUUAUGAAUCUUGACAAAAAUCCUACGAUGUGGGAAUUCCCUGGUGGUCUAAUGGUUAGGACUUCUCACUCUCACUGCUGAGGGCCCGGGUUUGAUUCUUGGGUGGGGAACUAAAAUCCCACAAGCUGUGCAGCCAAAAAAAAAAAUCUUAUGCUCAACAGCUCGAUUUUCACCUUUUGGUUAUCUUGGGCCUAAUCAAGUGCCAAGACACCAUCUGUAUCCCUCUCUUCCAAUUUAGAGUCAACUGUGCAUCCAGGCUUCUGCCAGCUAAGCUUAAAUUUCCUCCAGUUCAGGUGAUUCACACAAAAUAUUUAUAACAAGUAUCAUUCAUGUUUUCAAAACUGCCCUGUGGUUGGGGAAAGGAAGAUUGGGUCAGAGACAGCCAAUGAUGACAGAGCCCCAAGUAUGAGCGAUAAGAGAAAGUGUAUCUUUUCGGAAACAGGUUGGGAGUCCUGGGUAUGUAACCAAAAUGAUUCCACAACAUUCAAAGUAUCAACCUGUGAAGUCAAAACUCUCAGUAAGAAUUUCAUGAUAUCUCCUGUUUUUACCCAGAUCACCUUCUGCUAAGUUCUUCAAAGACUGAUACCUUCUUUUCAGGUGCCUGAGUGCCCAUCCCCAGCUUCCAGCUUUACUAGGUUGUGCCAAGAAUGGAUUCUGCCUCUGAUGAAAUCCCAGACCAAGUUUUGUUGAGUCACCAGCCUAGCGUUCUCUUCUGUUCUCAGGUACCCUUGCUGGAUUCCUGCUCUGAAGUAUCCCAGGCCGACUAGGGACUUUGCAAACUGUGGGCCUCUCCCUGUAUCACUUCCCUACAAUCUUUCAUUGCCUUCAUUAUCCUCUCAUUGCAGUAUAAUUUAAAACUAGUUUUCUAAAAUCCUGUAGACUUCCUCCAAUUAAUCUUUUCUAGCCUUUUAAAAUUUCCUUUUAAAUUAACUGUAUUUUUGUUACCUCCACAAAGCUAGCCAUUUCCUCUUCUCUCUUUAUCUUUAUUUUCCCUAAAUAUUUGCCAUUAGCCCUGAUCUCAAACACUCUUCAUUUUUCUUUGGUAUUUGUUUCUUAUGUCAUGUGAAGAGAUAUAUAUGAAAGCCGUUUACAAACCAGAACGCAUUAUACACUUAAUAAGUAUAAUUUAUUGAGAUUAACAAAGGACCACUGUGCCUCCUUUCACUCUUUCUGCUCCUUCUGAACCUAAAAGACUUUUCGAUAGAGGAGGGAAAGAUUGUAGAAAAAUACUUUUGAGUGCCUACUAUGCCUGACAAUGAAAGAGAUAAAACAUACACACACAUGCAUACAUACUUGGGCUUAGGCUUUCAGUAUAGUAACAUUGAUAAGACUUGCACAUAAAAAUAAGGCAGUGGCAUGAUAAUUGACUUGUGAGUGGUGAACUGAAUGCUGUGGAAAUUCAGAGGAGGGAAAGGUUACUUCUGGCCGUGUGCUAUUAUUACAUGGAUAGGGUAACAUGUUAACUGAAAAGACUAAAGGAGUUUGUCAAAUUUAGUAACUAAGGCAAGUUUGAAGAGGUAAAUACACUGUAGGGGUCUUCGGUGCCAGAGCAAAGGGUUGAAAUUUUAUUCAGUAACACUGGGGAGCCACUGACAUGAUAAAAAUAUUAUUUAGGAAACUAUCUGGCAUUAUUGUAUGAUUUCAGAUUUAAAAGUUAGUUUGCUGAUAGGCUUUUAGACAUCCCACUUUUGUAUAUAAUGAACAUGUGUUUAUAAGUAAGUGAAUCAUAAAAUGGGUUUAACUCUAGCCUAUUUAAAAGGAGGGUCAAAAAAUUAUUUUCAGAUGAAAUUAGACCCCAUAAAAUAAGCUGCUUAGUUAAGAUACAAGCAGUAUACAAAGUGGAAUAAAAUGUCACUUUUCAUACUUAAAAAAAUUUUUUUUAGGAAUUUUAGAGUUGAUUAGUCAGACAUUCUAUUGGAUUGGCCAAAAAGUUCAUUCAGGUUUGGACCAGGUUUUCCAAAUUCCCAUUUUUAUUCAAAAUUUGAAGCUACUUCAAAACUUUUGAGGGUCUAGGGGAAAAAAAAUAUGAACAAUCCUAAUGUAUUUAUCUGUAUAAAAGUAAUAAACCAUGUGAUUAUUCCUUACAUCUGAGUGAAUUCUUAAAUAGCUAACACAUUGCAUAAUUUUCAAGCUGUCAGAAAAUAACUAUAGUUUCAGGUAUUAA